AUGGGCGGCAAGAAACGUACCAGCAACCAGGACGCGCGUGCGAACGACGAGAGACCCGUCAGGCGAAAACCCUCCGCAAACCUCGAGACACCGCCUGAUGUGUCAAAGGCUUUUGUGCUGUUCCCCCCGCUCCAACGCGCGAUCGAGGUUUUCGAAAGCUGGUGGCAGGAACACCAGGAUGUGGAGGGCAUUAUGAAGGCCCUCUGGCCCGACCCCGAUUCCCAGAAGGCAUGGGUGAUGAAGCUGGACCAGCUCUUCCCUCCUGAAGACGGUGUGCCGUAUCUGAAGGCCCAGUGGGGAGAUCAUGGGCCCAAGUUCUUGAGACCGUGGCACUGGGGAUGGACCAAGGCUUGUGGCAACAAGGGCACAGUCACCAAGGACAACUUCUUGUACUUGCUGCAAUCUGUGAUGGUCAAGGGAAUGGUCACAGACCAUUUGCAGGCAGGCAUUGAGCUUCCCCUAAUCAUGCCUGCGCGAGAUACCUUCAAAGACGACUUCUGCAGCACGGUGACUGUGAACGAAGACCUGGCCCCGGCAUUCUCGGUGCAUGAGAUCAAAGGACGGAGCCGGGCGACGGCAAUGUACAUUGCGGUUGCUGCCGCUGAGAAAGCCGGCAUCUUGGACGACUACAUUGGCUUCCUCACGUCAAUGGGCAUGAACAUCCCCGAGGGGAAGGAUGAGAUCGACAUCAACCGCGGCAACUUGCCAAAAAAAUAUGUUCUCCUACUGAUACUGAAUCCGUUCCCUUACAGAUAG